AUGGCUCCCCUCUAUGAAGCCUUGAGUGUGAGGAGGGCUGAAGAAGCGUCUGUGGCUGGUGAAAGUGUGUGGAGUGGCCUUGUUGACUUGGACUGGACCGUCUCUGUUGUUCCGAAUGGAGGAUAUGUUAUUGGCCUUAUUCUCGAAGCCUGCAUUGCCCACCAAAAAUUGCAUCCUCCAAAAGUCGUAGAGCCCAUUCACGUAUCAGCCCAUUUCAUUCGACCAGUACAGGCGUUGGCAACAAAAAAUGCCCCAGGAAAUGCUCUUCCAGCCGCUGCUCCGUUUAGCAUUCGUGUGAAAUUGAUCAAAGGCGGUUCGUCUUUGAACAAUGUCCAAGCAGAACUGGUUCAAAAUGAACAGACUAAAGUACUUGCACAUGUCAUUUUUGGUGCAUCCUAUCCGAACAAUGGCGACAACGGGCAACAACAGGAACAGAAGGCUCUCGUACCCCCUUCUUUGUUUGCCCGCCAGAUUCCACUUCGUACGCAUCCACUGCAUGCUCGCGAAAUUCCAUUGUACGACGUUUGGAAUUUUAAGGAGCGAAUUAGUGGUAAAGAGGACAUUGUCUUACUGGGUCUUAAUGAGGCAGAGAAUCGCACCCUUGCGUCAAGUGAGGAUGCUUCUACCAGGGAACCCCCUGGUCUUGAAUUUGGCUCCUGGCUUACGUUCAAGGACAAUGAUGAGCCGCUACGCCCAAGCAUGUUACCGUUUUGUGCAGACAUUAUUAAACCUCUCCCAGAACUCUUACCAUCUGAAGAGAACCCACUGCUAGGCAAGACAUGGUAUGCUACCCUGACGAUGACGAUAGAAUUUAAGGCACCAAUUCGGCUUCAUUUACACACUCAACACACUCUCGGGCUGUACUCACUUGGCCGCUUCUUGCAGGACCCCUUGGGACGGCAUGAGACGUACGUUGAAGUGUGGACAGCUCCGUCAGACAAUGCCAGCUCUUCAAACAAGGAUCUAUGGAGGGAAGAGCAAGUAUGCUUGGCUGUUGCUACCCAGACAGCUCUUUGCAUUCCAUAUGAAUCACAGUCCAAAUCUCUCAAAGCAAAAGCUUGA